UUUCCUAUUCCGAUUCACUCAAUGUCUGGAGCGGCUGCCAUCAUCCACGCGCUCACAGCCGUGCCUUCAGCACACAGCAAUGGCAAUGGCGCUCCUUCGACGCCGCUGGCAAUGCAGAGCCCGACCGCUGGUGCUGGAUCUGCGGCUGUGACUGGAGGUGCAUCGAGCGACGCGGUGGUGCCGGCGUGGGCGACCGAUCCCGAGUGCGCUGCGUACGUGGACGAGCUCACUGCGUUCAGCGUCGAGCAGCUCCAACGCCAGCCGCUGCUCCUCGCCACGCAGCGCAGGGACCUCAUUGCGCAGACGCAGUCACUCGCAGUCAAGAACUACAAGGCGUUCAUCCAGACCGCAGAGUGCUCGCGAACAGUCUCCAGCAAUUUCGACUACAUCGAGACCCGCCUCGGAAACUUGAUAGACACGCUGCCACGGUUUACGGAGGCGUGUGAACGCUUUGUCGAGGCCUCGAAAGAGAUUGCCGUGCGACGGAAGGAAGUCAGCCUCACCCUGGACCAGCAUGCCCAGCUUGUGGACAUUCUCGAGUUGCCGCAGCUGAUGGACACUUGCGUGCGGAACGGGUAUUACGACGAGGCCCUGGAAGUCGAUGCCUAUGUACAGCGCUUUGUGCGUCGCCACCGUGACAUCAAACUGGUCAUGAGCAUCGCAGACGAGGUUGCUCGAUCCAAGGAGCUGUUGCUCUCGCAGCUGCUGUCACAGCUUCGAGGCGCGUUGCAGCUGCCGGCGUGCCUGCGUGUCGUGGGCUAUCUGCGGAGGCUGGGGACGUACUCGGAAUCCGAUCUUCGAGCCACCUUUUUGGAAGCCCGCGACCACUUUUUGCACGCCUCGUUGCCAGAGAUCAAGUCCCCCAACACGGAUCUGAGCCGAUACGUGGAUGCCUGCCGCGUGCACCUGUUUGACAUUAUUACGCAGUAUCGUGCCAUUUUCACAGAUGACUGGCAACAACUGCAACAGCAACAACAGCAACAACAGCAACAGCAGCUCUCGUCGUCGCCCAACAUUGUUCCGGCGUCGCCCCGCCCUGGCUUUGGCAAUCUCCCCACGUUCCUCCCUCUGUCCAUUACCGAUCCGCUGACACAGCAGCAGCUUCAGCUGUUUAUUCAAAAGCAGCAGCAACGACACCAACAUCAGCAAGGGCGCUUGCUUCUCGGCUGGGUUGUGGAACGCGUCGCCUCGUUUGUCGCCACGCUCGAGGCCAACCUUGCUGCUGUCUCUGAUGGCGCAACAGUUGCCUCGCUUCUGGGCCAGUGCAUGUAUUUCGGAAUGUCCCUCGGCCGUGUUGGCAUUGAUUUUAGGACGCUACUCGUGCCGUUAUUCGAGCAUCGCGCACUAGAGUUGUUUGCUGGACAAGUUGCCACUGCCACCGCCAAGUUUGCCGAGACAAUGUCGUCGUGCAGUGCCGCCGUGGCUGCCGUGCAGACGCAGCCUGGCCAACCCGUGGUCUAUGCGGGCGCCGCCGGCUCCGGCGCUGGACUCGCAGGAGCGAAUGCUGGAGCAACGGCAGCAGCUGCCACACUCGUCCCGCCAUCUGCCUUGAUGGAAUUCCCCGCGGUUGCGCUGCUCGCGAACGGCUUCACGGCAGCCUUCAACGAACUGCGACACUGUGCCCCACUUUCCAUCGCCACAAGCGUGCACAACCUUGUGCAGAUCAGUGUCCAGGAGGCCAGCAAGACGGUGAGCACGCUUGUGGCGGACGCUGCCGCUGGCGGGGAUCCCAGGGAGCAGCAGGCAUUGGCCGCCAUCACGGCUGCGAUGCAACAAGGUCUGGUUCCGUACGUGACGCGCUGCUUGGUUGCUGUGUAUCCGGAUCUCAAAGGCUUGCGAGGGUUUCCAAGCCAUACAGUUGGCUCUGUCGUUGCGGGUGGAGCGACUGCGGGUGGAGCCAUUGCGAGUGGAACCAUUGCGAGUGGAGCCAUUGCGAGCGGAGCGGAGGUGGCUGCAGUUGCGCCAACGCUGGCCACGCCCCAUGCAGCAGUCUCCGCCCUGGAGUUGACAACACCACAUGCCAACGGUCUGGCCCUCGAUUCCACCAUGACGCCAGUGCAACCCUCUGACUGAGUUGCGCAGGACCUGACAUGUUGACUCGAUGAAACACAAAUUAAUAUUAUUCGUAUUUUCACAUUGAUUUUUCA